UUCCACACGAAAAGCAAAGCGACCUCUGAGGUUUUACAAAUUAACAAAACUCUACAAGCCAAUUUUUUUUUUCUUUUUUGAGUCACUGCCGGGUGUAUUGUAAUCGAAUCGUGCGUCGUUAAUGUAAAAUGGGUUUGCAAGGAGUUGGCGUCCUCCUCCAGUGUUACCUCAUGUUGGCGGCAGCCAUGUAUUUUGAUCUCGGUGAGCUGGAGGAAAAAUGUAUCAUCGAGGAGAUUCCAGAAGACACGCUGGUGACCGGUCACUUCUUGUUAGAGCCCUGGGAUUUCAAGAGAUUGAGCCACUCUCCUCAUCUUGGUGUCACUAUAACAGUCAGGGACCCAAACAUCGAGGUUUUGAUGUCCAAACGCUACGGAAAAACAGGAAAAUUCACCUUCACGGCUCAUGCCUCUGGUCAGCAUUACCUCUGCUUCCAAACCAACUCCACAAGGUUUGCCGUCUUUGCUGGAGAAAGGCUGAAGCUACAUUUAGACGUUCAGAUGGGAGACCACUCAGUUGUCCCCGGUGCUGACAGGACCCAAAAGAACUUGGAGACACUUGAGAACAGUCUCAAACACCUGAGAGAACAGAUGAUUUUCAUCACCAAGCACCAGGAGUACCAGAGGGAGAAGGAGGAAGUGUUUCGUCAGUUCAGCGAAGAAACCAACAGCAAGGUGUUGUGGUGGGCUGUGGUGCAGACCUCCAUCCUGCUGUCUGUCGGCUUCUGGCAGAUGAAACRACUCAAAGACUUCUUCAUUGCCAAGAAGCUGGUGUGAAUUUGAACUUCAGCCGGUCGAUAAGACACACCAGUUGCUCCUGUGCUCGCCAUAAACAUACAUGUAGCAAUGCAUGUGAUUGUAACUGAAAGAAAAUACAAAAUAAAACAUAUUAACACGUUUAAAUAUGAACAAAGUGUUACAUUUAAGACAAUGCAUGGAUAAUAAAAUAAGGUUUGGAAGAAAAAUCUCAAAA